AAAAAACGCAAUCAAAGUGUGUUUAUCUUUUCACAAAAGGGAGCGCACGCGAACGUGCAAGGGCUUGUUUGUGUGUAGCGUAUAUAAACGGUCAGGAUUGUAGUUCGUGUGGUGUGUAUGCCAUUCAGUGUCUAAGAGCAGAGCAGAGCAGAGCAGAACAUUUUGACAUCCUCCUUUGAUGAUGUAUGUUUCAGUAAGGCUCCUUCUCCCUUUGGUGUUUGUUAUGAUGCCUUUGUCUACAUGUUCAGAAACAGGACGGUCUAACUGUAAGAACUUCCAAGUGACCCAGACUGUUUUAGAAGGCGAGGCUCUGUAUUUUACUCAUGGUUCCCAUUCGAACCCAUCCAAAAGCAAUUUGACGUGGUACAAAAAUAACACCAACCUGGAACCGAUUUCAUCUGACAAGAAAGAGAGAAUACAUUUUUACAACAGCAACCUUGUAUUCUUAGACCUUCUCGUCAAGGACUCUGGCUUUUACACUGGAUGGCGUACAGAUUCUUCUGAAAAGUGCUUCAAUUACAAUCUAUUACUUAAAGUCCUGAAGGCAAGUCAGCGAGGAAACCCCGAUAUUCUUUAUGGAGAAAUUGACAUGCCCGGCAUUAACAAAAGGAUCACCUGCCCACAGCCUGUCGACGACACUUGUCAAAAACGUGGAGGAACAUAUAGCUGGUACAAGAACUUCUCUCUUAUACCUGGUAACCAAAACGUCCUGUGGGUAUAUAGUGCUACCAGAGAGAAUAAGGACAUCUACACUUGCAUGUGCACCUGGGAAUACAAUCAGAAGCUGUACAAUUCAUCAGGCUCCAGGGAGCUUAGAGUUGUAGAGGACAUGUUUACCAGGUUGGAAAUCAUCUCACCAGGGUUGAUGGAACUUCUGAAGGUUGUGUAUGAAGGUCAGAAACUCACCCUGAACUGCACAGUCUUAUGUGGUCAGAAUGAAGAAACGGAAUGUUCUGCUCACUGGAGCUCAAGUGACAGAGUCGAAGACCAGGGAUUUAAAAAUAAAAGAUACAAUACAUACACGGAACUAACCACUGGGAAAACUUCCAAGCAGACCAUUGCCACUGAGAUUCUGACGAUCGAUACAGUUACUGCUGAUGACGUCCAUACUAAUUUCACAUGCACAGGACGCAACAUUUACACAACAGAAUCUGUCUAUUUAAGACUUAAACAAGGAGAAUCAAUCUAUCCACUGGCGGUCACAGGAGCAUGCGUGAUCUUUUUCUGUCUGUUAGCUGCGCUCCUGGUAAAGUGCUUCGUUAUCGACCUAACCCUAUGGUUCAGACCAUACAUCCAACUUUGCAGCCACCCUAAAGAUGCCAGGUUUUAUGAUGCUUACGUGGUCUACCAGACACAGUUCAUGGACAAGGACACUGAGGACAUGCUCAGUCAGUUUCUCAACCAUGUUUUACCCAAUGUCCUAGAGGAGAAGUGUGGAUAUCGACUCUUCAUUCAUGGCAGGGAUGACAUACCUGGGCAAGACCGUGUGGAAAUGGUAGAGGACAACAUCAACAAGAGCAGGAGACUGAUGGUCAUUUUAAGCCCUGAUUUGGGUUCAAGAAAUGAGAGCACAGACCAAAGUCUCGCCUGUUUUAACAGUGGAAUUCCAGGAGUGGAAUGGCAUGACUGGCAGGUGGUUCUCCAUCAUGCACUGGUGCAACGAGAGUUAAACGUGAUUCUGAUACAGCUGGGAGGUGCCGAGCCCUCGGGAUACACCCACCUUCCCAUCAGCCUUCAGCAUUUAAUCCGUAAGACUGCCCCUUUGAGAUGGUCACAGGAAUAUCGGGGUGCUGCAGCGUGGAACUCAAGGUUCUGGAAGAAAGUGCGCUAUCUGAUGCCCACGAUCCCUUCAAAGAAAUGUCAACAGGUUGUUUAAAUCCAUUUGCAGUUCCACCUGCUCUGGAUUUCUCUGAUUUCAGUAGAAACUUUUUAACCUCCCAGGCAUGCAUGUCUGUCUGACCUCUACUUCGCUUGGCUUUUUACUUGGACAAAAAAAUGGUAUUCACUGGAAAUACAGUAUGUCAAGAAAUAUAUGCGAAUAAUAUUUAAAAACUCAAAAUUAAUGAAUGUAUACUCAUGACCUGGUUGAUCUUUAGUCACAAAGUUGACAAUAAACUUGUGUGAUACUGGUUACUUCAAGAUUUUCAUUAGCUCUUUAGGUUGCAUGUGAUCACAUUCACAAGUGACUAAAACUGCCUUAAAUUAUUCAGAAGUUAAGCCUUUGGAAAAACAAAAUAUUCGAGGCACUUCAGAUUACCAGGCUUAUGGCUUGGAGUGAAGAACAGAGGCUGCCAUAAUGAAAAAAAGUUAUAAGGUGAGGCCCGCCUCCCCUGGGGGGCGCCAUAGAGUCACAAGAAUGCCUGAAUGAAGUUGCAUGCAUGAAGUACAAAUAAUCAUUUAUGAAUGCCCUUUUUUAAAAGUUGUGAAAAUAAAACGUUUUCAAAUACA